AAUCGAGUAAAUAUCUAUUCAUUAAAUAUUACUAAAAUUUCAUUUGUUUUUAUUUUAGCUUCAAUUAUCAAAUAAAUUUGGUAUGCUUAAUGAUAUUGAUCUUGAUGAUAAUGAUGAUGUUCAAAGUCCAACAAUCGAUGAUUAA